AUGGUUCAACUUAAGAGUUUCGCAGCUAUUGCUACCACCCUCCUUGGCUGUUGUCUAACAGCACCUACAACUCCUUCUGGCGUCGACAGCACAAUCCCUGGCAGCUACAUCAUUACCCUCAAGUCUGAGAUCAAGGCCACAGCAGUUAAGGCUCAUAUAAAAUGGGUUGACGGCGUUCACAAGCGAAGUCUCGAGAAGCGUGAUGGCGACAAUGGCGUCGAGAAGACAUUUGAGACCGAGGCUGGUUUUCACGGAUACUCUGGUACAUUCGACGACGAGACGGUAAAGCACAUUAAGAAGAGCCCCGAGGUCGUCCGUGUUGAGCCUGAUCGUAGAGUCAAGUUAACAUGGAACGCUCUCAAGCGUCAAGAACAACCCGUGGAACCAGCACCACCAGCAGAAACGACAAGUCAAGAAGGCGAGGACACUGAAGAUGAGGAUGAGGAUGAUCAGCUUGAGAAGAGAAGCGAAAUCAACCAAAAGACAAGUACAUGGGGCCUCGGAACCAUCUCACACCGCAACAAGGGCUUCCAGAACUAUCUCUACCACAAGCAAAGCGGUUCUGACUCGUUUGCCUACCUUGUUGAUAGCGGUGUCCGUACCACCCAUAAGGAGUUCCAAGGCCGGGCCAAGAAUGGCUGGACAGCCUUCCGAAAAGAUUAUGUUGACCGACUGGGUCAUGGUACUCAUGUUGCUGGAACCAUUGCUGGAAAGACCUUCGGAGUCGCUAAGAAGGCCAAGGUCAUUUCUGUCAAAGUCUUUCAGGGCGACUCUGCAGAUCUUUCCGUCAUUCUCAACGGUAUUGAGUGGGCCGUCAACGAUAUCAUCAAGAAGAACAGACAAGAGUUCUCAGUGAUCAACCUCUCUCUUGGUAUCGAUGGUGUAUCUGGGGCGCUCAACGACAUUAUCAAGAAUGCCGCCAAGUCCGGAGUCAUCUUUGUAGUCGCCGCCGGAAACCAAGGAACAGAUGCCAAGACGAAAUCUCCAGCUUCAGCUCCUCAGGCCAUUACUGUUGGAGCCAUUGACAAGAACUGGAGAAUCUCCAGCUGGUCCAACUACGGCAGCUCUGUAGAUAUGAUGGCCCCAGGUGUCAAUGUAGUUUCUGCCUCGUGGCUCAGCGACAACGGCACCUACAUUGAGAGCGGCACCUCAAUGGCCACUCCUCACGUUUCUGGUCUUGUGCUGUACGCGCAGUCCGUGUAUGGCAUAACCGGCGUUGCUUCCACAACCAAAUACAUCAAGAAGUACGCCACCACCAAUAAGAUCGUCGGUAGCCGCCGAGGCUCACCAAACCGGAUCGCCAACAACAACAACUUUGCUCAAAGCAGAUGAUUCUCGAUUUGCUUAGCCGGAGUUCGACUAAAAUAAG